AUGCACGUUGCUAAUCUUGUAACCAUCUGCGCACUUCUACCAUCUAUCGUUGAAUGCGCUGGCGGUCAAGUUGCCAGCCAUUUCGACAGUGCAGUCUUCUACAACGUUUGCAAAGAAAAGAAUGGAGGUUAUGGACCAGGGAGAGUGACAUGGAGGACUCAACAAGCGAUGUGCGUAAGCGAGUAUAGAUUCAAAGCUCUCUGCAGGAGGACAGCUCCAAACCCUCAAGAGAAUCACCAGGAAUGGUACGAAAGGGAUUGCAGCGACAACCCCAAGUUCCAAGUGUUCUGUUUCCCGAGCAGUAUCAACUCAGAAAAGAAGCCGGACAACGCAUGCAGAGACCUAUUCCAAGGACAAGGUUCCAAGCCUCCAAGAGAUACGGAUGGAGUUGCGUGUUCGUCAGGAUUGAAGUUCGACGAGACAUUGACGACCUGGAGCACGAUCGUCUUCACAGACGAAGGAGCGGCCUCCGACGUUCAAGGAUGCUGGACUCAGCACAGUGGUGAAUCAUCGAAAAGACUCAAUACGCAUUAUCCCUGUGAACACGAUUCCAAUGUGCUUACGUUCGAAGCUGGCAAGACAUAUCAAACCUGUAUCGAAGCCAACGAUGAUUCUCCAAAAAGGAUUAACUGGAUCUGGAGGGUUACGAGCCCGUUUGGUCAUAAAAAAAGAGACGUUACUGCUCCUUACAAAAGCUUUCUGGACUCGGUCCAGAUCAAUCGCACUAUGGCGUCUGAUCUAGAUGCUCAGAUUGUAAUCGAGGAUGAGGCUCUAUUCGAUAGUGUAGGUAGUUUUGUAUCCUCUUUUACCCGACAAUACACCCCGAUAAUAUGCGACCAACAUGCGACGAAACGCGACUCCGCAACAGAUAUCCAUCUUUUCAACGCUAUUAAACAGAUUGGAGAUCGUAAAAGUUACGCGGUAGCUAAACGUUGUAUUGAUGCCGCUAUGCACAGCACUGUUGCCUUCGACGUAACAAACAUACAUGAUACCGCGUAUACGCAAUUUGGAAACAUGCUGAUUCUCUCUGUAAUCUACAACAGCCCUUACCUAGGGACUCUAGUAUCAAAAGAUAAGUUCAAAAAGCUGUUGGAGCGUACUAUAGGCUUUCUGCACUGCGAAAUUCUUGAAACCUUGAACAACAUCUUGUUCGGUGUAGGGGAAGACAUCAAGCCUAGAUAA